AUGGAAAUUAAUAGAGUAGUGCCAUCGAGCUCUGGAUCUCUCAUCGGAAGUUUCAACAAUCUUUUCCAAAGCAUUUGGGAAAUUCUAUACAGUCAAUCAAAGUCUGCAACGGCCAACGAUGCCUCUAAAUCACGCGGAGGCGUUUAUGAUAACUGCACAAAGUAUAUACAACUUAACUGUGGUCUAGGAGCUGACUCUGAAGAAUUCUCUAAGGUUGCUAAUUACAUGGAGAACACUCAUGCAAAGACGAUACACAAGUUGAGAUUGCUCAACUAUUUAGACCUUCGAGAGCUUUUGAAGCUGUUGAGAGAUGUUAUAGUGUUCUCAAGUUUGAAGAACAUGAUGCUACUCGGGCAUGGUGUUGCCUUUCUUCUUCUCCCCUUGAGGGAUUUUCAAUUGCAUAGUGAAGCGAAGUACAAGGAGACACCAAACAGGUCUUCGGAUAGCUCCUCGUGA